CCUUACCGACAGAGAAGAGGAAUCGUUGCGGCAUCUCCUCGAAGCCCGAAGCUCCAACUCCUUUUCUUCUCUUGUGGAUUCUUCUUGCUUCGCCCCAGAGCGCCGAGAGUAUUCGAGCACUUCCAAGGUUUGGUUUCAGCUCUCCUGUGUCUUUUCCCGAAGAAAUCUUUUGGAGAUUCGAAUGGAGAUGGCGGAGUCCGGUGAGUUCUUCGCUUUCUUCCGCGCCUUAGGAAUUGUUCUAGCAAAGAAACGGCGAGCUCGACGGGAUCCCAGUGUAUGUAAUAGCCAUCCGCGCUGUGUCUUUCAAAAUUAAGGGCUUUUAGGUUCCCGAUUGUGUUCCGUAGGGUUUGCCCCAAAAUUUGGUCUUCGAUUGAUUUGCUGGCCUCCGCUCCGAGCGGAUUUUGGAGUCGUUGAACGAAUUCUAGGGGUUUCUUUUGAAGAAAUGGCAGGAAAUGUUCGAAUACCUGCGUUUUGUUGCUUUCUCUGGAUAUGUUCGAUUGGACCUGAAGCGCAAGUCUAGACCUAGCGUUUCCCUGAAGUUCCGAACCCUAAGUUUCGGUAUAUUCGUUGCUAAGGAAGCGGACUGGUCUUCUAGUUUGAAGGAGUUGGAGAUGUUGGGAAGACAAUUGGUAAUCAGGAAGGAAGCCGCAGUGAACCUGAGAGAAGUGGCGGCAAGAACUACUCUAAGGGAGGUACGGCAGAAGGGGCAUAUAUAUGUGGAGCUGAGACAUGUUGGGAAGCGCAUAAUCUUCUUCUGCACCCUCUGCCUCACCCCAUGUUACAGCGACACCGUGCUGUUUGAUCAUCUCCAAGGAAAUCUCCAUGCUCGACGCCUCACAGCUGCCAAAGCGACUCUUUUCGGUGCUACUCCAUGGCCUUUCAAUGAUGGUGUUCUUUUCUUUGACAGUUCUAACGAGCCUAACCUGCUGUUAUCAGGUUCAGAUAGUCAAAAUGAUAUGGCUUUGGUUCUUAGCAACAGCUCUGGGAACGAUCAUGAAGUAACUUCGAGGAAUACAUUGGAUUCUCCCAGUAGGAAUUGCUGUGGUAGAAAGAAUAGUAUUAAUUGUUCUAAAUCCAGUGGUUCUUCUGACGCUAAACUUAGAUUAUCUUCCAAUGGGCAUAAAGAAUCUUUGAGAUCUAGCUGUUCAGUCCUAGAUAUGGUUUCUACUUGCAGCUGGGCAGAAAAUAGUUUGAUUAUUCCUGGGGUCUUACUGAAGGGGGAAGUUUCAAAUUUGGCACUGAAACAUUUAGGAGUUGGGCAGAUUGCAUACAGAAUACAAGACAAGGAAGGUCAUGGUAAGAUCACGAGUAUAUGGUGUGCUUGGUUGGGACAAGGAGAAUCUGACUUUAGUGAUGAGUUGAACAUAUCGGCAAAUUGUGAUUUUGCCAUAGUUAAUUUUCCUUAUGCAUAUGGCUUAGGUAGGAAGGGAGCUGUGGAAGAUGAAGAGACUCCGACAUCACCUGGUUCUUUCUUUGAGAUUGAUGAUUCUGGGCAUCAUAGGAAGAGGAAGAGGAAAUCAUUCUCAGACCAAGAAGACUACUCAGAUGGUUCGAAUGGUUGUUCUGAGUCUCUUUCUGGAGAUGGCUCAAGUCUGGAUAUCGUUGUGGCAGAUGACCCACAGCAGCUUGAAAAGAGACUUGUAUCUAGCAAGGUUGUUAGGCGACAGCUGAGAAAACAGAAACGUUUGGCUGCAGAGAGAAUCUGUGAUAUAUGUGGGCAGCCGAUGCUCCCUGGAAAGGAUGUGGCUACCCUACUAAAUUGUCGUACUGGUAAUUUAGCUUGCAGCAGUCGGAACACUAACGGGGCUUUUCAUCCAUUUCAUGCAUCAUGCCUCAUACAUUGGAUCCUUCUAUGUGAGUCAGAAAUGGCUGAUCAAAGAAACAAAACAAAAGUAACUCGAGGUCGCAAGGGAAGAUCAACGCUCAAGAAUCGAAUUUCUUCCAUCUUUUGCCUGGAGUGCCAGGGCACUGGUGUGGCCAUUAAAGGAGAAGAAUUGGAGAAACCUACCAUUCCACUCUCUGAGAUGUUUCUUUAUAAGCUGAAAGCCAUUGAGGCAAACAAGGCAUGGAUGAAAAAUCCUGAAAUUCUUGAGAAAUGCUCCACUGGACUUCAUUUCCCUUCUGGUUGUGUUGAAAAAUCUCAGGAAAAAGUUAUGCCUCUAAAGUUGCUGCAUUUCUUCCGAGCUGAUCAGUAGGAACCCCUUCUUAAAUCUCACAAGACUAAGAUGCUUCCAUGGUGACCUUGCUGGAUUUCUACAUAGGCUAUGGAUGACCAGAGUUGUGUUGUAAAUCUCCUUUAUCAGUUGUACAAAUAUGUACACUUGGCUUCCAAAUAUAGUUGGGCAUGUAGAAAAAUAUUAAUGGUAGUGGCCAAAGAGUGUUGUCUUGUUGUGAAUGGCAUAGUUGCCAAAGAGUUUCUCUUUGUUGGUAAUGAUUACUGUGCGCAUGUAUGUGAUACCAUCUUAAGCACUGCAUACUAUUCAGUGCGUUAUUGUUGUCA